GAAAAGAAAAGAAAAGAGAAAAUAAAGGACAAAUUUUGUUUGUUUUGUUCGUAGGAUCAAUCGGAGAUCUGGUGGGAAAAAUUUCAGGGCAGAUCUCCGUUGGGUUUGAGUCUCCUGUUAAUCAAAAAAGAUGAAUAUAUUCAGAUUAGUUGGUGACAUGACCCAUCUCGCAAGUGUCCUCGUUUUGCUUCUCAAGAUCCACACCAUUAAAUCCUGCGCUGGUGUUUCACUGAAGACUCAAGAGCUCUAUGCUACUGUCUUUGCAACUCGCUACUUGGAUAUAUUUGCAGAUUAUAUCUCACUUUACAAUACUGUCAUGAAGUUAAUAUUCUUGGGGAGCUCUUUCUCAAUUGUUUGGUACAUAAGGCACCACAAGAUUGUCCGCAGAUCUUACGAUAAAGACCAAGACACCUUUCGCCAUUAUUUUCUUGUGCUGCCUUGUUUGCUUUUGGCUCUAGUCAUGCAUGAGAAAUUCACUUUCAAAGAGGUGAUGUGGGCAUUUUCCUUAUAUUUAGAAGCUGUUGCCAUACUUCCUCAGCUGGUCUUGUUGCAAAGGACGAGAAAUAUUGACAACUUGACCGGGCAAUAUGUUUUUCUCCUUGGCGCAUACCGAGCAUUGUAUAUUUUAAAUUGGAUCUACCGCUACUUCACUGAGCCACAUUAUGUCCACUGGAUAACUUGGAUAUCAGGGCUUGUGCAGACAUUGCUUUACGCUGAUUUCUUUUAUUAUUACUUCCAAAGCUGGAAGAACAACGUGAAGCUUGAGCUACCAGCUUGAGUUGUAUUUUACAUGUCGGCAAGCCAAGGAUUAUAAAAGAAGCGCCAAUGAUCUUUCUAAUCUUUUUUACUUACAGGUGCUUGGCAUUUUGUUUUUUGUUUUUGUUUUCUCACCCUCUUUGUGGGUGCUUUAGUGGGUUUGUUAAUCACAAACACUUGUUAUUGAAAUUUUUUUUUUUCUUUUUGAAAUUGACGUGGAAAUUAUGUCCCAAAUACCAGAUCAUAUGUAGGAUUGAAAGAGCAUUCAUUAUUAUGACUGUAAUGUAAGAUAAUUUCAUUUAUUUUGUAGCUUACAGAAAUUUUAGGGCAUAUUCUAUCUGUAAAAAUGCAGUGGCAAACCAUUCUCAAUUCAUAAGACAAUAUGUUGCAGGCUUUUGGUGUUA